UAUUAGUUGCUCCUUGCACUAUUACUGCGAAGAGUGUUAUAGUUUUAUCUGUUUUGAAGUCAAACAUCAAGAAAGUUUCCACUGAACAUGCCCAGCUUCAAAGUUUGGAGCAAUUGAAAGAUCAAUGUGGACUCAAAAAAUGUUCUGCUCAGGAUAUCAGUUGGAAUUACAUAUGUUUAUGUAUGGAAGCUUUGCUUCAAUUAAAAGCGCAUCUGACAAAUGAUAAGGAUGAGCUGCUCAGUAUAUCACAACAAAAAUCUGUAAGAUUAUGUCUGGAAUUGGUUGUUACUCUCGGUCUUCUGCCAAACCUAUUGCCGGGAGUUGGUAUGAGCAUCGAGCAUCGUUCAUCUCAUGCUCAAAAAAUAUUCAUCGAAAUAGCUGAAAACGAAGAACCUGCUUCAAAUGAGGAGAAAUUCGAACGAGUUGUAGUCGUCACUAAGAGCCUAUGGAUUCUGAUUGAGGAAGAAACUUUGAACGGAUUGAUCCUGCCUCGCUAUAUGGUCGACUUAUUAGCGGCUCUCUGCCAACUAGUCUUCGCUCCUUUCAAGAACCCCACUCCGGAGUUGAUGGCGAUUGUAGCCGCUUUCAAAAACAACUUAGACCAUGUUAUAGCAAAUUCUCACAAGCCUGUGAUUAUCAGCGAACUUAUGCUCAUUCAAGGAAAUAAGAAAUGUCCCAAAUGGAUGAAAAUAGGAAUUGGCAAACUCCUAACGAAUAGACUUUUAGAUAAAAAUGGAGUGAUUGCUACAGUUCAAGCGAUUCAAUACAGUUCAAGUAAGAAUAAUCCAAAACUAUUGACUGGAUUAGAUGCAGUGGCUCGCUUGAUCACAUCUCCCCUGGUCACGGAUGCCGUAAAGUAUAGUAACAUCAUUGUGCCUCAGGUGAUUGAGUUGAUACGAUCUGAAGAUCCAACGUCAAUGAAGAUAGGUGUGUCUUGCAUUCGGUCGUUCUAUGAAAAUAACAAAACAAGUUGUACAGAGAUGAUACUUUUCCAAAUCCUCGAUCCUCUUAUAAAUCCAUCAGUCAGUCUUCCAAAGCAAGAAGUUUCUCAAUGCAUUGUUGACUUGCACAGAUGCUUCGCAUUUCCUGGUGGAGAAAAAUGGAGUGUGCCGAUUGGUGCUUUAAGCAGAUACUGCGGUAUUCUCAAAGAUUUAUUCAUGGCGACCGUCGAAACUGCUUCGAGUAUUCGAACCCUCGUUGAAGACAUUUUAUGGAAAGUGUUGUGCUAUUGUGAUUGUGAAGGUUGUGAGGAACCUUUACAAAUAUUAACUGUGGUUUUAUUCGACGAAAAUCCGUAUGAAAAUUAUCAUAGUUUACCUGAAGACAUAACAUUUGAAGUUGAAAAUGAUGAAAUAAAAUUUUGUCAUGUGAAAUUCGGAUCACGAGCUGUUCGAAAACUUGAUAGGUCGAUAUUGAAAUUGAUCAAGAAGAAAGACAUCAGUGGGUGUGUUAGUAAACGAAUUUUCAUUUUUUUGAUGAAGUGUUCUCUGAGUAGUAAUGAAGAUCUUAGUGAGAAGAAAGUGUUCAUUUCAGAAUGUCUUGCUGAUUUGGCAGAGUGUUCAAAGGUUCAGAAAAGUAUACUACAAGAUCCUGUUCCAGUCGUUGAUUUUAUCACAUCUUUCGUUGACAAAAACCUUGACCAAUGUGAUAAAGAGAGUGAAAUGAUCUGCUUAUCUCUAAUGCUAUUAUCAAUCAUAUUGAAUGAUAUGAUCGUUUCUAAUAAGGCUGAGUGGAGUAUUUUCGGAAAGGUCAUGGUUUCACUUCCUUUAUUAAGUAGAAAAACUGCAAAUAAUGAAAUAAAAACUCUUAGCGAUGAAAUCUAUAAAAUGAUCGUAUGUCAAGGAGCAGCAGGUGAAAGAGUAGGCAGGACGUUUAAGUUUUAUGAAAAUGAAAGAAGUGAAUGUGCCAAAGCCUUGGAAGAUGCCUGUAAUGAGCUGCUUCCAGUCCGUGGUCAUGCCAUGAUAAUUCUUGCAAAGUUGAUCUCACAAGGUGAUUCAGAGGCCAAAGCAAAGAAAAAUGCAAUUCUGUGUAUUUUCCAGGAGAAUAUAAAGCAUGAGGACUCAUAUCUCUAUUUGACUGCAAUUGAAGGGCUGGCCUGCUUGGCAACUGAAUAUCCAGACAUUGUUCUCACCACACUUGCUGAAGAGUGUGUUCGAUCUGAAGGAAAUGUCAAGUUGAAAGUUGGGGAGAGUUUGAUGAGAGUGAUAAGAAACUUGGGUGAAAUGGCUCCAGUCUACAAGUCAGAACUGAUCAAUGCACUGUUGUCAGGUGUCAGAGAUUCUGAUUUCCUAGUUCGUGCUUCCAGCUUAUCCAACGUUGGCGAGCUUUGCAAGCUCCUUGGAUACAGAAUUGGAUCAAUUAUUGAAGAGAUCCUGAACUGCGUUGAAUGUGUGGUGCUCACAGACAAAUGUCCAGAGCCAAGGCGUGCUGCAGUUCUACUUGUCACUCUUCUCCUUCGAGGACUGAGUACAGAUGCACUGCAGGUAUUGCAGCCGAUACUUGUACGGUUGUAUCGUGCCUUGAAAAGAACUUACCAAUUGGAUAAAGACGAUGUUACCAAACUUCAUGCUCAGCUGGCUCUUCAAGAGAUUGACUCCAUUGUUCAGGAAUUCCUCUGCCCUCCUGAGAACUUCUCAAAACGUAUUUAUGUGCUUGACCGACCUUCGUGAGUGAUAAAAAGAACGAAUUAUUUUUUAUUUUAAUUCUAAGUUUUGAGGAUUGAAAUAGUCGGUAUUGUAUUUUAUAGAGGUGUACUCACUCUGCCAGAAACAUUUUAGUUUUAUCAGGACAAUACCAUUGAUGCAUUAAUCAUAUUUUUUAGAAGUGCUCUCAUUAUUUUAAAAUGAUACAUAAACGAAAAAGGAGGCAAUGUUUGAACGACUUGUGUAGCUAGAAAAAAAUAGUCAUGUGACAAUGUUCAUAUUUACCUAUAACUUGAGUCUCAACGUGAUGAAGAUAUUUGUAAAUAAAUACUCUAUUGAAAACACUUA